GUCCCAACAAACUUGUAUCGUGUGAUCACUUUUUGUUUCUUUCAUCUUUUUAAUUCAAAUUCCCAAUUAAUUUUCUCCCUCUUUGAAUCAAUUCCCUCAAUAAAUAUCAUUAUUUUAUGUCUCGAUUUUUAUCGCUUGAAAUUGAAAUUUAUUUCUUAUAAAAAGCUUGAAUCUUUGGGAUAAAAGUGAGAAGAUUCACAAAACCAUAUCCUAAAAAGAGUGGGAAAGUUCUAAAUUGCUCCUUAAAUUUGUUAAAUUAACUCAGAAAAGAAACACCCAUCUGAAAAUCCUAUCCGUAUCCUCCUUAAUUUCGCAAAAAGAGAGAUUUUGCAUAAUUACAUUAAUUUUUUUUUUUUAAAAAAAACACCCUGAAAUUUUCAAGGAAAACAAGGGUGUUUUGAUUAGGUGGGUAUUCUGCAAUUUGUUAAAAUAACCCAAAAGCAAGUAUAAUCAUCUCAAAUUUUCUUUUGGGUUUACCUUUUAAUUGAAGGAUUUUACCCAAAAACAGAAUUUUUACUUAGAAAAAAAGAGGAUUGAUUAAUUUUUAUUUUUUUUUGAGGAUUGGGGGAGGAUGCAAAAGGAGAUAAAGUUGGAUUUUUGGCCAGAAUUUUUAGCAAGUAGUUGGGGGAAAGAAUUUAUAGCAGGUGGGUUUGGUGGAAUCGCCGGAGUUGUCGCCGGAUAUCCGCUGGAUACGCUCAGAAUCCGGCAACAGAGCUCAAGUUCCGGCGGUGCAAUCAGUAUUUUCCGGCGAGUUCUUGCCACCGAAGGACCCUCUGCCUUUUACAGAGGCAUGGCUGCUCCCUUAGCCUCUGUCACUUUUCAGAAUGCCAUGGUUUUCCAAACAUAUGCAGUCUUAUCUCGAGCAUGUGACAAAUCUGUCGAUCCAAGAGAACCUCCUUCGUAUAAGGGGGUAGCCCUAGGAGGAUUUGGCACCGGGGCACUCCAAAGUCUUAUACUGAGCCCCGUUGAGCUGCUAAAAAUCCGUCUUCAAUUGAAGCAAAACACCCAUUUGGUAUCAAACACUGAAAACGGUCCCAAAAAAUUAGCCAAAACCAUACUUAAAAACGAAGGUCUAAGAGGGUUAUAUCAUGGCUUAACCAUCACAGCCCUCAGAGAUGCACCAGCUCAUGGGUUGUACUUCUGGACAUAUGAGUACAUGAGAGAAAAGCUCCACCCUGGAUGCCGAAAGAGUGGCCAAGAGUCCCUAAAUACAAUGCUUGUAGCUGGGGGUUUAGCUGGAGUUGCGAGCUGGGCCACAUUGUACCCAUUAGAUGUGAUCAAGACUAGACUCCAGGCACAAACGAAAGCUUCAAUGACAUACAGUGGAAUUGUCGAUUGCUUUAGGAAGAGUGUCAAGCAGGAUGGUUAUGGAGUUCUGUGGAGAGGACUAGGAACUGCAGUGGCUAGGGCUUUUGUCGUGAAUGGAGCGAUUUUUGCUGCCUACGAGCUUUCUUUGAGGUGCCUGUUUAGUGGUGUUGGAACUGUUGGUAAUGAGAGUCUUCAGACUGAAAGCACAUUGAAGGCCUCAGGACCAUAAGAUUAAUUCCCCUGAAAUUCUAGGGUGACCAACCAUUUGGGCAAUUGAAGCGAAUUGUUUCAUGGAUGAUCAAAUUUGGCACAUCGACUUAUAUGAUUAGUAAUUUAGUAUAGGUAGAGGAGUUCUGUACUUCAUUUGCUGCUUGUACAGAAACCUCAGCUGGACCUCUGUUGUAUCAACAUUAAGAAAUAUCAAAAGAAAAAUAUUGAUUUACCAUGAACUUAAAAACCAGAGGAAGUGGCAUAUCCACACUUUGGUUGACAAUGUAUGAAUUAUAGAUUCAGUGACAAUAUGCCUAAGAGAAUUCUGGUAUCUUAAAA